GGGGCGGACGCGACGCGCGGCCUGCAGACCUACUGCGCGCUCCUCGCGCUCGACGGCGCGCCCGUUGCGCAGCUGGCCGCGGGCGCGCCGUGGCGCUGCGCGUGCCGCGCGCUCGAGACCCAAAGGGCCGAGGCGCUGUGGCCCGCGGUCGCGGCCUGCGUCGCCGCGCCGCGCUGGGCGAGCACGCAGGACGCGCUCGAGGACGACGUGAUCCAGCGGCUCGGCGCGUGCGCCGUCGCGCGGCUGCCCGCGUCCGCGGACACGCUCGCCGGG